ACGCACGGCGGCUGGGCUCGGGGCGGUGUCCCGCGCCUGCGGCUGCGGGCAGAGGUUCGCGGGGACUGACGCGAGGCAGUCAGACGGCGGCGGUCCUGGGAGGCGUCAGCGCGAGUCUGAGCCGCUCCCCGCCGGCCGCAGCCACCAGCACCGCCCUGUCGUCGCGCCUCGGCCUCCCACGGCCCUCGAUGCGGUACCGGGCCGCUGCGUGAUGGGGCUGCGAAGCGCCACCCUGCGGCUCGCGGUGGCCGCUGCUCGUGCUGAGGAGCGUCGGUGCCCGCCCCCCCGCGCCCCCGCGCGCCGCGGCGCCUGCUGACCCGGCCCGCCAGCCUGUGGGUCCGCAGCGCGGCUGAGGAAACUUGACCAUAACUUCAAAAGAAGAUUUGAUUCUUUAUUUCUGGACUGCGUAUAUAUAACAAGACCAUCAGAAUGUCGGGAGCCUCAGUAAAGGUGGCUGUCCGCGUGAGGCCCUUCAACUCGCGAGAGACCAGCAAAGAGUCCAAGUGCAUCAUCCAGAUGCAAGGCAACUCCACCAGUAUUAUUAACCCAAAGAACCCAAAGGAAGCUCCAAAGUCCUUCAGCUUUGACUACUCCUACUGGUCUCACACCUCGCCCGAAGAUCCCUGUUUUGCAUCUCAAAACCGUGUGUACAAUGACAUUGGAAAAGAAAUGCUAUUGCAUGCCUUUGAGGGCUACAAUGUCUGUAUUUUUGCCUAUGGACAGACUGGUGCUGGGAAAUCUUACACAAUGAUGGGUAAACAGGAAGAAAGCCAAGCUGGCAUCAUUCCACAGUUAUGUGAAGAACUAUUUGAGAAAAUCAAUGACAACUGUAAUGAAGAAAUGUCUUACUCUGUAGAGGUGAGCUACAUGGAAAUUUACUGUGAAAGAGUACGAGAUUUGCUGAAUCCAAAAAACAAGGGUAAUUUGCGUGUGCGUGAACACCCGCUUCUUGGCCCUUAUGUGGAGGAUCUGUCAAAGUUGGCAGUCACUUCCUACACAGACAUUGCUGACCUCAUGGAUGCCGGGAACAAAGCCAGGACAGUGGCAGCUACCAACAUGAAUGAGACAAGUAGCCGUUCCCAUGCUGUGUUUACAAUUGUUUUCACCCAGAAGAAACAUGACGCUGAGACAAACCUUUCCACUGAGAAGGUCAGUAAAAUCAGUUUGGUGGAUCUAGCGGGAAGUGAACGAGCUGAUUCAACUGGUGCCAAAGGGACACGAUUAAAGGAAGGAGCAAAUAUUAAUAAGUCUCUUACAACUCUGGGCAAAGUCAUUUCAGCCUUGGCAGAGGUGAGUAAGAAGAAGAAGAAAACUGAUUUUAUUCCUUACAGGGAUUCUGUACUUACUUGGCUCCUUCGAGAAAAUCUAGGUGGCAAUUCUCGGACUGCAAUGGUUGCUGCUCUGAGCCCAGCAGAUAUCAACUAUGAUGAAACUUUGAGCACUCUGAGAUAUGCAGAUCGUGCAAAACAAAUUAAAUGCAAUGCCGUUAUCAAUGAGGACCCCAAUGCCAAGCUUGUCCGGGAAUUAAAGGAGGAGGUGACACGGCUGAAGGACCUUCUUCGUGCUCAGGGACUGGGAGAUAUCAUAGAUACAUCCAUGGGGUCCCUUACUUCAUCUUCAUCUUCCUGCUCACUCAAUAGUCAGGUGGGCUUAACAUCUGUGAGCAGCAUUCAGGAGAGGAUCAUGUCUACACCUGGAGGAGAGGAAGCCAUUGAACGUCUGAAGGAGUCAGAGAAGAUCAUUGCCGAGUUGAAUGAAACCUGGGAAGAGAAGCUGCGUAAAACAGAGGCCAUCAGGAUGGAGAGAGAGGCCUUGUUGGCUGAGAUGGGAGUAGCCAUUCGGGAAGAUGGAGGAACCCUCGGGGUUUUCUCACCUAAAAAGACCCCGCAUCUUGUUAACCUCAAUGAGGACCCACUGAUGUCCGAAUGCCUGCUUUAUUACAUCAAAGAUGGAAUUACAAGGGUUGGCCAGGCCGAUGCGGAGCGGCGCCAGGACAUCGUGCUGAGCGGAGCACACAUUAAAGAAGAGCAUUGUGUCUUUCGGAGCGAGAGGAGCAGCACUGGGGACGUUAUCGUGACGCUGGAGCCCUGUGAACGCUCAGAAACCUACGUAAAUGGCAAGAGGGUGGCCCAACCUGUUCAGCUGCGCUCAGGAAACCGUAUCAUCAUGGGUAAAAACCAUGUAUUUCGUUUUAACCACCCGGAGCAAGCACGGGCUGAGCGGGAGAAGACUCCUUCUGCUGAGACCCCCUCUGAGCCUGUGGACUGGACAUUUGCCCAGAGAGAGCUUCUGGAAAAACAAGGAAUCGAUAUGAAACAGGAGAUGGAGAAAAGGCUGCAGGAAAUGGAGAUCCUAUACAAAAAGGAGAAGGAAGAAGCAGAUCUUCUCUUGGAGCAGCAGAGACUGGACGCGGAUUCUGAUAGCGGGGACGAUUCUGACAAGAGGUCCUGUGAAGAGAGCUGGAAACUGAUUACUUCUCUGAGAGAAAAGCUACCUCCCAGCAAGUUGCAAACCAUUGUUAAAAAAUGUGGCCUCCCCAGCAGUGGAAAGAAACGAGAACCAAUUAAAAUGUAUCAAAUACCCCAAAGAAGACGCCUGAGUAAAGAUUCCAAGUGGGUCACCAUCUCAGAUCUUAAGAUUCAGGCUGUUAAAGAGAUAUGCUAUGAAGUUGCUCUCAACGAUUUUAGGCAUAGUCGGCAGGAGAUCGAGGCCUUGGCCAUAGUUAAGAUGAAAGAGCUUUGUGCCAUGUAUGGGAAGAAAGAUCCCAAUGAGCGGGACUCCUGGAGGGCAGUGGCCAGGGAUGUGUGGGACACCGUUGGUGUAGGGGAUGAGAAGAUUGAAGACAUGAUAGCCACUGGGAAAGGCGGAACUGAUGUAGAUGAUCUCAAGGUUCACAUAGACAAACUGGAAGAUAUUUUGCAAGAAGUCAAAAAGCAAAAUAACAUGAAAGAUGAGGAGAUAAAAGUCUUAAGAAAUAAAAUGCUCAAAAUGGAGAAAGUCUUGCCACUGAUUGGAUCGCAGGAACAGAAAACCCAAGCAAGCCACAAAGCAAAGGAACCUGUUGGUGCUGGUGUCACUAGCAAGUCUGAGGAUGAUGUUAGUAAAGGAGACGGUGGAGAACUCGCCAAGGAAGAGCGUGUUUCCCAGCUGAUGAACGGGGACCCAGCAUUCAGACGUGGACGGCUGCGCUGGAUGAGGCAGGAGCAAAUCCGCUUUAAGAACCUGCAGCAGCAGGAGAUAACAAAGCAGCUUCGUCGGCAGAAUGUACCUCACAGGUUCAUCCCUCCCGAGAAUCGGAAGCCCCGGUUCCCCUUUAAGAGCAAUCCUAAACACAGGAACUCGUGGAGUCCUGGGACACACAUCAUCAUAACAGAAGAUGAGGUUAUAGAGCUUAGAAUUCCAAAAGAUGAAGAGGGAAGGAAAGGAAAUAAAGAGGAGAGCCAAGAAAAGGGUGGUAGAGCAGCUUCCAAGGAUCCCCAGUUACCCUGGGGCUCUCAGGGCCCGCGAAGUCAAGAUCACAUCCAAGUUAGCAAGCAACAUAUUAAUAAUCAACAACAGCAACCUCAGAUACGCUGGAGAAGCAAUUCUCUCAACAACGGCCAACCGAAGAGUGUGCGCUGCCAGACAUCGGCCUCGUCAGAAUCGUUAAACACCCACAGUGGUCACCCCAGCACUGAUCUGCAGACUUUUCAUACCAAGCGCCAUAUUCAUCAACACCGUCAGUCUUACUGUAAUUAUAACACUGGAGGUCAGCUAGAGGCCAGUGCAGCCAGUUCCUAUCAGAGGCAGACGGACAAACCCAACCACUGUAGCCAGUUUGUGACACCUCCGCGGAUGAGGCGACAGUUCUCAGCACCCAAUCUCAAAGCUGGUCGAGAAACCACAGUAUAAACUACUGGACAAACUUGAAAUCCUGGUGGAGGAAACAGGCGGUGUUAGCUCCUGGUUUGAGUUGGUUCUAGCCUUGGCCUUGAGUUCCUACUAUUUACAUGAUGAUUUGAAUGUUGCGUUCCUACAGAUAUUAACUGAUUUUAAUACUGUCAAAACAUAAAACACUGGUAAAUGUUUCAACACCUCCUUUUUGUUUGUGUACCAUAAAUGGGCAGUUUCUGGAAUUUUGGACAGAAUAGUGAGAAAUCCCAUUUUUUCUGAGAUUUCCCUCCUUUCUUGGUGCCUAGAUAAUAUACUUACUUGCACAUACUUAUUUUGGUCUUAUUUUGGUGCGAGUUUGCUAUGUUUUUAUAAUGCCUAUACAUUGAUCUGAUAUCCAGAAACACCUGCCUUUUGGUUUAUGCAGACAUUCAAAAGGGGAAUUUGACAUGUAGAAUUAUACGUCUAUUAUUUCCCCAUAAAUGUUAGUUUAAAAACAAUUACAUGCAGCUAUGUGCACGCACCUUUGCAUUUCUCAUCUAUGUCAGUCCUUUUUAAAAAUGUAAUGGGACUUUUCAGAAGCCCAAACUAAAUGUUUUCAGACACAUUUUAUAGUACACAGCUUUCCAUCUUCCACGGAAUUUCCACGCCUUCUUAUUCUUCUGCAUUUACAUAGAACUGAUGCAGUAGGGUUUUUUGUUUUUUUUUCCUGACUGUAUCAGUAUAUGUAUGAAAUUUGUCAUGAUACUGAAAUAUUUAAAUUGGCACCAUAUUCGGAUUUCUGUCUGUGGUUUGCAUUUUGAAAGUUAACAUUCUGUUUCUCACACACACACACAUGCACUGAACUAUACACCAAAAUCAUGCCAACAGAAGUACCAGAAGAAUACUUGUAUGGUGCUUUGAGCAGUAUAUAUAAGUUUAUAGGGAGGUUAUUUGCUGGAGAGAGGGAAGGGGUGGGACAUGGGGAGAAGGCUACAGCAUAUGGCUGAGUGCUGCUUGUUUUCGGUAGAUAAUGAAAUAGGUUAACUUUGGUUGGGUUUAGAAUAAAGGAGAUGGUGUGUAAUGAACUCUUCUUUGGUUACCAGUAAUAACGCUCACAGAUACUCCAGCAAGCUAAGAGGAGUCCCGACGAACAUUUAAUGUAUCAAUACCUCAUUUUACUGUGUUGUCUCAGUUUGCCUCACGGGAGAAUCCACUAAAAAGGAUGGAUUUUAAUGGGAAGAAAAGAAAAGUUUUCUACAUCCUUCCUCAUCUCUUGAACUUGUCAGAAACUGUUUAAAGAGGCGAUGUGAAGAGCCAGAGGCGUCUGUGAGAUUGCCUGACUUCAUGUUGUUGAAGAGUCCUGAGUUACACUAAGCCAUCUGUCAAAUGCUGUCUUCCGGACGGUUGGAAGAUGGCAGCCAAGAUAGCAAUCAGCGUUCAAGGAAGCCGGAAAGAUUGUGAUUAUAUAGGUUUUUUUUUUUCCUUUGUGUGUGGGCACUAUGCUUUAUUAGAACAUAUUAUUUUUAAUCAUAGUAUUUUUUCUUUGCUUCUAAGAAAAUGCUUUCUUAAUACACAGAAAGCUGCUUCCAGUUUACUUUGGAGGAUAUUUUUGCUUUCAUAGCUAGAGCCAUCCUAGUCUUCAGUUGAGGUUUCCUGGCAGGUGAGACAUGGUGAAUGAUGUUUGUAAUGGGUUGACUAAUUGAGAUGCCAGCCUCCUGUACCAUGUGGUCUGAAUGGACUCGGCAGGCUACUUCACAUCAGCCACUUCAUGGCAGCUUGUGUAAACCCCAGUUGUCCUCCUUUAUUCUUCUUAGAUAUAGAUGUUAACUAUUCCUUUCUUGCGAAAAAUUCAUUUUCUACAAUUAACAAUAAUAAUAAUAAUUACUCAGCUUUCCGCUCUGGAGCAGAAGUGAGCUCUCAUUUCCCUAACUUGAGAUGAUGUAGGAUAAGUCUAUAUAUUUUCAUUUUUAAGGUGACCUAUUCAUCUCAUCGUGGGCAGGCGCCUGCCUCCCUUUCCCACUAAAGAAUGGGAGUGAGUUUCUACUGGUGACCAGGCGACACUGUAGAAUGAAAAGUAGUAUUUUCAUUUACAAAUGUGGGUUGUGAUAAGCACUGUACCCAGAUACUCCAAAGAAUUAGGUUUGUGCUUCAUUUGCUGAUCCAGGACCCCUUAUUUUCAGAUGACCAGAAAGAAAUGAACCAAGGUCUGAUUGAUAGACAAGUAUGUCCCUCCAUGCAUUUCAAAGCAUAUGCUUGUCUUAGGAAAUAACCGUGUGGAUAAAAUCACUUCACUGACCCUUUACUAAGUAAGUAACUAGUGCCAUGCUUUGUGUGCUAUUGGCAUAGCUUGUGUUGCUGUUUGUUUUUUAAUUCGACACACUCUCUCCUUAAGCUUCAGUGGAACAAGACCAAAGAGAAAUGGUCGUCAUGAACCAUUAUUAUGUUACUGAAGCACUCCUAGCUAUGAUCGUAGCAAAACGGGGGGAAAAAAAAGUGUUUUUGCUGUGGAAUGAUAUAAUCUGCCAAUAAUGGAAAUGUAGAGGAGUUCUGAUUAAUUGGUAUAGUUUCACAAACUAAAAUGGUAUUUCCUGGAGAGUUACAGACAUCCUGCUGAUCUAAUAAGCCUAAGCCAAAGGGCUUUUCCUUAAUUUUUGCUUCUAACUCUUUUUAGCUCUUGGAAUUGUUUCUCCUUUCACUGGAAAUGCAGUGAACUAUUGUUUAUUCCAUGAAGUGACUUGAAGUAACCUCUAGUGCUUUAGGUGCAGGCUGAUGCUGAAACAAACAACACACAGAGUUUGCCACACCGGUGUCUGUAUUAAAGGCUGUUAGACUACAGGAAUUCAUGUCCAUUUCCUCUGGCCUGCUGCUGUGUCCCUGUGCCUUACUGGUCCUUUGUAGACUUGCCUUAACGAUUCAUACAGGAUUGGGAGGAGAGAGCUGCCGUGUCCUGGUGUACUUCAGGCACAAUGCAAAGCAAGCAUUUGUUCUGUACUGUUAGAGCCAGAUUCUGCCUUCUGAGCAAUUUCAUAAUUGUCCAGUUUAUGUCAUCUUUCUGAGAUUUUAAAAUCUGCUCUAGAUACUUAGUUUGAACCACUCUAGGUCGUGAAAUGUAUUGGUUUCCUUCCAUCGUUACUGUAAAGUCUUGUUGAUGAACAAUGGAUUUCUCCCCCAAUUUCUCUAAAAAAGUGGUUGAAGAUUGUCUUUCUUUGAGUGUAAGAUCUACCUUAUCAGAAAGGGAGAGUUUGUAAUGUUCAAAAAAUAAAGUUCUCAUUCAAUAAAAGCUGAA